AUGAGUGAGGAGCGGCGGCUGCCUGGCAGUGCAGUGGGCUGGCUGGCGUGCGGCGGCCUCUCCCUGCUGGCCAACGCCUGGGGCAUCCUCAGCGUGGGGGCCAAGCAGAAGAAGUGGAAGCCGCUGGAGUUCCUGCUGUGCACGCUGGCGGCCACCCACAUGCUCAACGUGGCAGUGCCCAUCGCCACCUACGCGGUGGUGCAGCUGCGGCGACAGCACCCCGACUACGAGUGGAACGAAGGCCUCUGCAAGGUCUUCGUCUCCACCUUCUACACCCUCACCCUGGCCACCUGCUUCUCCGUCACCUCCCUCUCCUACCACCGCAUGUGGAUGGUCCGCUGGCCUGUCAACUACCGGCUGAGCAAUGCCAAGAAGCAGGCGGUGCACACAGUCAUGGGCAUCUGGAUGGUGUCCUUCAUCCUUUCGGCCCUGCCUGCUGUCGGCUGGCACGACACAAGUGAGCGCUUCUACGCCCACGGCUGCCGCUUCAUUGUGGCUGAGAUUGGCCUGGGCUUCGGAGUCUGCUUCCUGUUGCUGGUGGGUGGCAGCGUGGCCAUGGGAGUAGUUUGCACCGCCAUUGCCCUCUUCCAGACGCUGGCAGUACAGGUGGGGCGGCGGGCGGACCGCCGCGCCUUCACCGUGCCCACCAUCGUGGUAGAGGAUGCCCAGGGCAAGCGCCGCUCAUCCAUCGACGGCUCCGAGCCCACCAAGACCUCACUGCAGAUCACAGGCCUCGUGGCCACCAUUGUCGUCAUCUAUGACUGUCUCAUGGGCUUCCCAGUGCUGGUGGUGAGCUUCAGCAGCCUGCGGGCAGACGCCGCAGCACCGUGGAUGGUCCUGUGUGUAUUGUGGUGCUCCGUGACCCAGGCCCUGCUGCUGCCUGUCUUCCUCUGGGCCUGCGACCGCUACCGGGCUGACGUCAAGGCCGUCUGGGAGAAGUGCAUGGCUCUCAUGGCCAACGACGAGGACUCAGAUGACGAGUCCACCCUGGAGGGUGGCAGUGUUCCCUCAGACCUGGUGUUGGAACGCUCGCUGGACUAUGGCUAUGGGGCUGACUUUGUGGCUAUGGACAGAAUGGCCAAGUACGAGCUCUCUGCGCUGGAGGGGGGCCUGCCCCAGCUCUACCCACUGCGCCCCCUGCAGGAGGACAAGAUGCAGUACCUGCAGGUCCCGCCUACGCGGCGCUUCUCCCAUGACGACGCGGACGUGUGGGCCUCCGUGCCUCUGCCCGCCCUCCUGCCCCGCUGGGGCUCCAGCGAGGAACUGGCCGCCCUGGCCCAGCUCGUGCUGCCCGCGCGCCGCUGUGGCAGCCUGCUGGCCUUCGCCGAGGACGCCCCGCCAUUCCGCCCGCGCCGCCGCUCGGCCGAGAGCCUCCUGAGCGUAUCGUGGGGGGAGCCCGGCGGCCUGCGCGCGGUGGGCACCGGCGGCAGCACUAGCAGCUUCCUAAGUUCGCCCUCCGAGUCAUCGGGCUACGUCACGCUGCACUCAGACUCUCUGGGCUCGGCGUCCUAG